UCAGAUUGCCCCUUGACUCGCGGCAGCGAGACGUGCGCCCUCAUUCGCUGAGCCGACGCCUCCCCCUCCGCCCCGUUACUCCGGCUCUGAAAUUACAACUCCUCGGCGCUCGGCGCGGCCGGCGCGGGAGGCGCGGGGCAGGGAGGGGAUUCCCGAGCCAGCGGGCGCUCGCCCCCCGCCCGCCGCUGCAGCGUCGCGCGGCCAAGGUCAGGGGCGCCGCAGGAGCAGCUGCCGCGAGCCAGGCACUUGGGUCAACGCCGGCCGCGGAGAGGCAGCCCCGGGCACAGCUGGCCCGUCCGCAGCUGAGGGGCUGCCGAGGUGGCCCGGCGCACGCGGGAGCUGGGACCCCGGGUCGCGGUCCGCUUGCCGGCUCUGUCCGCCGCCUCGUAGUGCUGAACAGCCCUGGCAGAGCGGCCUGCGCUCGCGCCCGAUAGGGGCGGGGCGGGGGCAGAAGAACUCGGGGCAGCAGCCCCGCGGAGCCGAGGCGCUGAAACGGAGCUGGCCAACAGCAGCCGACUGCUGGUCCAGGGUGGAGAGGAGGCACAGCAGCCGGCGGAGGCGCUGCUGAUUCAUCUCCUGGAGCACCUCGCAGGCCACGGCGAGGGCAGCCGGCCGCCUCUGGACUCUGGCGGCAGGCCGAAGGCGCUGGUGCAAGAGCCUCGUGGGCAGGAGGUGAGGACCCCUUCUCUUCCGUAGCCCCCAGGCGUCUUAGGGCGGUGGCCGCAGGACAGAGAGAGGGGCGUGCCCCAGUUUGCGAAGGAGGCAUACCCGUGUGAUGCCCAGGCCUUCCAUCUCGCCGGCGCUGACCACGCUCGUCCCCCUCCGCCCGUUUCCGAAGCUUCGGCCAUUCCUCCCGCGCCGCGAGCAGCUCGGGCUGCUGGCACGGCGAUGGAGGAGGAGCUGAAGUGCCCGGUGUGCGGUUCCCUGUUCCGCGAGCCCAUCAUCCUGCCCUGUUCCCAUAAUGUCUGCCUCCCGUGCGCUCGCACCAUUGCCGUGCAGACCCCGGACGGCGAGCAGCACCUGUCCCCACCGCUCCUGCUUUCUCGGGGUGGCGCCGCCGCCGCGCCCCCUCCAGAUCAAGAAACUGCAGCCGGCGCGGCCUGCGGCGGCGGCGCGAGCGCUAACGCUGCAGGCGGCCUGGGCGGCGGGGCAGCAGGUGGCGGAGACCACGCAGACAAGCUGAGCUUGUACAGCGAGACGGACAGCGGCUAUGGCUCCUACACCCCGAGCCUCAAGUCCCCCAACGGGGUCCGCGUACUACCCAUGGUGCCGGCGCCCCCCGGCUCCUCCGCCGCGGCUGCCCGAGGCGCCGCCUGCUCCUCGCUGUCGUCCUCCUCCAGUUCCAUCACGUGCCCGCAGUGCCACCGCAGCGCCUCCCUGGACCACCGCGGCCUGCGAGGCUUCCAGCGGAACCGACUGCUGGAAGCCAUCGUGCAGCGGUACCAGCAGGGCCGCGGGGCCGCGCCGGGGGCGUCUGCAGCCGCGGCGGUGGCCGUCUGCCAGCUGUGCGACCGCACCCCGCCGGAGCCGGCGGCCGCGCUCUGCGAGCAGUGCGACGUGCUCUACUGCGCCGCCUGCCAGCUCAAGUGCCACCCGUCCCGCGGCCCCUUCGCCAAGCAUCGCCUGGUGCAGCCGCCGCCGCCACCCGCGCCAGCCGAGGCGGCUGCGACUCCGCCCAGCGCCGCCGCAACCCCCAGUGCGGGCAGCGGCUGCAAGAGCCCAGGGGGCGCUGGGGCCAGCGCGGCCCGGAAGUUCCCCACGUGCCCGGAGCAUGAGAUGGAGAACUACAGCAUGUACUGCGUGAGCUGCCGGAGCCCCGUGUGCUACCUGUGUCUGGAGGAGGGCCGGCACGGCAAGCACGAGGUGAAGCCGCUGGGCGCCACGUGGAAGCAGCACAAGGCCCAGCUAUCUCAGGCCUUAAAUGGGGUUUCAGAUAAGGCCAAAGAGGCGAAGGAGUUUCUGGUCCAGCUCAAGAACAUCCUGCAGCAGAUCCAGGAGAACGGGCUGGACUAUGAGGCCUGCCUGGUGGCCCAGUGCGAUGCCCUGGUGGAGGCGCUGACGCGGCAGAAGGCCAAGCUUCUCACCAAGGUGACCAAGGAGCGAGAGCACAAGUUGAAGAUGGUUUGGGACCAGAUCAACCACUGCACGCUGAAGCUGCGCCAGUCCACGGGGCUGAUGGAGUACUGCCUGGAGGUGACCAAGGAGAACGACCCCUCUGGGUUCCUACAGAUCUCCGACGCCCUGAUCAAGCGCGUCCAGGUGUCCCAGGAGCAGUGGGUCAAAGGUGCCCUGGAGCCGAAAGUGUCUGCAGAGUUUGACCUGACCUUGGAUAGCGAGCCGCUGCUGCAGGCCAUCCACCAGCUGGACUUCAUUCAGAUGAAAUGUAGGGUGCCACCCGUCCCCCUGCUGCAACUGGAGACAUGCUGCACUCGGAACAACAGUGUCACCCUGGCUUGGAGGACACCGCCCUUCACCCACAGCCCUGUGGACGGCUACGUCCUGGAGCUGGACGACGGGGACGGGGGGCAGUUCCGGGAAGUGUACGUGGGCAAGGAGACCCUGUGCACCAUCGAUGGGCUGCACUUCAACAGCACCUACAAUGCCAGAGUGAAGGCGUUCAGCGCUGCUGGCGUCGGGCCCUACAGUAAGACCGUGGUCCUGCAGACCUCGGAUGUGGCUUGGUUCACAUUUGACCCCAACUCUGGGCACCGGGACAUCAUUUUAUCCAAUGACAACCAGACGGCCACCUGCAGCAGCUAUGAUGACCGGGUGGUUCUGGGCACGGCUGCGUUCUCCAAGGGCGUGCACUACUGGGAGCUGCACGUGGACCGCUAUGACAACCACCCAGACCCCGCUUUUGGGGUCGCCAGGGCCACCGUGGCCAAGGACAUGAUGCUGGGCAAGGAUGACAGGGCCUGGGCCAUGUACGUGGACAACCACCGCAGCUGGUUCAUGCACUGCAACUCCCACACCAACAGGACAGAAGGUGGCGUGUGCAAGGGGGCCACGGUGGGUGUGCUGCUGGACCUGAAUAAGCACACCCUGACCUUCUUCAUCAAUGGGCAGCAGCAGGGGCCCACGGCCUUCAGCCACAUGGAGGGAGUCUUCAUGCCGGCCCUCAGCCUCAACCGCAAUGUGCAGGUCACCUUGCACACGGGACUGGAAGUGCCAACCAACCUGGGGCGGCCAAAGCUGUCAGGCAACUAGCCUGGCAGCUCCCAUCCAGCAGCUGUGCCGAGACAUCUGCAGACCAAGUGCCAUGCCAUCCCCACCAAGCCAACACAGCCUGGCGCGCACAAUGAGCAAGCCCUGGGUGCAGCCAGCAGCCGGGACGUCUGGAGAUGGCUUCUUCAGGGGAUGGGAUUGGUCUGCGGGCCACACCGUGGCCACCGUCAGUGGUAGACAGGCUGUGCUUCCCCUUCAUCCGCUCAGCUGGAUUCUCCGCCCAGAACUUCCCCGAGGAGGGAGGCCUUCAGGGUCCAUGUGUAUGUUUCCUGCCAUCUGCUUGCAGCACUGGCCUUGUUCUGAAGGGAAGGAGGAAGGCUGACUUUGAGACUGGUGUUCUGAGAGGAGCCAGGGAGCCACCAUGUCACCCUGGGCCUCGGUGCUGCCUCUGCUCCUGCCCGAGUCCAGCUCUGGCAGGUGCUCACCUCUUGGGAGCAGUUUAGCAUUUGGUUCUAGAGUUUUACAGACCUGAUUCGGGACUGACCGACAGGGACACCGAUCCUUAACGCUUGAUUUCUGCCUGUCUCACUGAACUGCUGAGGACUUUGGAAAGGUUUCCCUGGCCUCUACUGAGCGACAGGCUGUGUGCUCUCUUUCUCACACCCACACCGACCACACACCUGGCACACACACAAACGUGAGCAACAGUCUGCUGGAUUUCAUUCACUCAGUUCUUGGUUCUAGAAUUUUAAUGACUGACCUGUCUUCACCUUGUGGUGGCUCUUUUUUUGGAAUUGGCUUCUCAAGAAGUAACUGGAAAUGUGUCCAAACUGCUCUUCUGAGCUGGCCACUCAGACUGGUAAGCACAGAAACUGGAGGCCUGGUAAGGCCUCCUGGUCAUCUACCCUUUGCUUCGAGAUCCAACCCACCGCCAUCACUGAAGAGUCACCGAGACAGGAAGGGGCCCGAUGGCAGGCAGGGGUGGCUCUGCUGUGCAGCGGCCUCCAAGAAGGCCGGGACAGGGGGCUAAGCCUGCACCUUGCUCCUCCCACAGGAGCCAUGAGCCAGGGCGUGCUCCAGGGUCCUGUACCCACAGAAUCUGUACCCCUUCUUUCCUCUCUCCUGCCGUCUCCAGUCCCCAGCUGGUGGUCACCUUGCUCUCUCCUUUUUAAAGAAUUUAUUUUGUCAAGCAUUUUGUUUUGACGUUGAGGAGUGACCUAUCCACUUGCUGGGUUGGAUUUUCAUGACACUCGUCCACACACCGGCACCAACUGUGCUUUCCUGUCUGCCUUCGUGUGCAGACCCUGCACCUGCUUCCUGAGCACCCAUUGCCGGGCUGUGCGGAUCCGACAGUCCUACCUCAAAGCUCUUGCUCAUGGGCCUCUGUGAUGUGGCUGGUGAGGCCCUGCGCGUGGCGCCCUCAGGAGCUGCUUGGUGCUGUUUCAGCCUCCACGUGGCCUGCAGCCCUUCUUUGUGGAGGCUCGGCCGCCUCACUCCCUUUUCCUGGAGCGCUUCCUGCCUCUGCUUCUCCCGUCCCAGAGCCCCAUCCAGAGCCCUCAAGCAAUGCAACAAGACCCGGGCUCCAGGUCCAUGGCUGCUCAGCUGCCUCAUCAGCCUCCACUUUCCUUCAGCUCUGGCUGUAGCUGUAGACAACACUGGUGGUCCCGGCACCGAGCUUGGGGCAGAUGCCUAGAGACUGAAGAAUGCAGAGAAGCGCAGCCUUCCUGGGCCUAACACCUCAGGGGAGCCUGCAGCCAGGUCAGGGGAGAUGUGGGACUGCAGAAUGGCAUGUCCACACCUGCAGGGGGCCUGCCCCUCUCCUGCGCGGGAUCAAACCCAGGGCCUGGAGCGUGCUAGUCAAGAGCACUGCUACUGAGCUAUACCCCAGGCCUCCGGGUGGCCUCUUUAAGAAGAAAUUUCCUGAAAUCACGGAAGCAGCCAGGACCUCUGUCCCCAGUGAUGUGAGGGCUGGGGAGCCUCCCUUUUACUUGCCUGGGAGCCCAGAAGCAAUACAGCUGGUGCCAGGCAGCCCUUGCAGCCAACUCUCCUGUCUACAGCACAAAGCACCUUUCAGGGACUAGAAUGGACCCAGAAGAGAAGGGAGGCUGCCCACACUUUUUUUUGAGGGAUCAGAGAAAUGAAGAAGGAACUUAUGGACUCAUCAAGAUGGGAAGGCCUGGCAUUCGGGGGAAAGGACGGGUGGUAGGAUUCUCAUCUUCCAUUGAAUUCUCUACCAUUUUGCAAUGUGGUGACAUUCCCAUAUGUGAAUGACAUCAAGACGAGGCUUGGCUGGCAGCUGACCUGUCAAGCAGACUAAGAUGUGGAAGAAGGCAGUCCGGUCCGUAGGCCUUUCCUCCCAGAGGUGGCCAUCGGCACCUCUGCUUACAUAGAGCAUGCUGGCUCCUGCUUCAAGGCAGGGGAAGACCGUAUCCACCACCCCACCUUUCUCCCCCGGCCUUCCUUCCUGCCCUAAGCACUGUAUAACUGUAUUUUCAGGCUGCAUCUCCAGCCUGCGUGGACUUUGUAGUUGCAAUAAUACCCUUAGGUGCCCUAUGGCCCCCCAAAGUUGGGGAGGGUCAUGCUUUCCAGAAUAAGCCUCGGAAACACCAUGGGGCUCCCCUAGAGGCGGGGCAGGCCAUCCCCACUCUCACUGUGGUCCCCCGUCCCAUCAGGCCCUCAGGCCCUGUUGUGCUUCCUACAGGGACAUGUGCAUUGAAGCCUUAAUUCUAAUUGCAAGUCAAGGCUUGCACCUCCUGCACAGGAGGCUUCGGUGAAGGUGGUGAGGGCUCACACACAGGGCUGACUCCAUGGCCACCAGCAGCCAGGUCAGGAGGGUGAUGAAAGCCUCUAGGGUCUCCACACAGGGCUGCUGAACACAUCACCAUCACCAGGCUGUGGGGCGAUGCCAGGGCGUCUCACUCUGGACAUUUGGGGGCAGGGCUUCCUGCUGUGGCAUGCUGAGCAGCAUCCCUGGGGUCUCCCACUAGAUGCCAGCAGCAAGCUCCAGGUAGCUGACAACCUCGACUCCCUAGAGAUGCUGCCAAGUGUCCCCUGGGGACUGUCCCAAGCUGAGAACGACUAGGCUAUGCUAUGUCACAGAAUGCCUACAUCUCAAACCUGCUGACUGGGAAUCACCAUUGGUCUUCCGUGGGGCUGGUGGGGAGUGGAGAGCCACAGACAGCAGCCAACCUAGCUGGUCUCAGUUUUGCUCACCCUAGAUGCUCGCCAGCCCCACCUUCAAGUCUAGAAGAAAAGCUCUUCCUUUUUCCUUGGUCACAUGUUACCGUAAGCAACAGGGCCUUCUUAAUGGGUCUGUGGCUUUAAAAAAAAAUCUAAUAGAUGUUCGAGUCUGUGCAGAUCCUGGGAAAUCUCAGACCUUUUCUUUCGCAGCUGGGCCUGCAACUGCUGUUACCAAUGGUCUUCCUCAGCAGGUCCUCCUGGCAGCUUAGGUCAGCGGGCUGCAGAGAUGGGCCAGGCAGGAUUCAUGGGUCGGACACAAACUGCAGACCUCAGAUGCUCAUCUCUCUUGGCCCGACUUGGAUACUAGUUUGUGGCAUGGGUGGGGCAAAUCUCUUGUCUUCUGUGCCUCGGUUCCCUGCCUGCCCGCCUCCCCUGCCGUGUUGAGGAUGAUGGAAGAGCACUUUCUAAGGAGCGUGCGCUCCCACUUCUGCAGCCUCGGCUAAAGGCUCACACGCGAUGGACCCAACAAACCUGGGUGGAGGUUUUCUGGCAUCCUCCGGCUACAGCGUCUUCCAGCUAGGCCUCCUGGAGACGGGUUAAGUAUUGGUCAUGCAGCCACCUGACCUGGAGAGGGUAGGAGGCAUGUGGGACAGGUUUCCCGUGACCAGAUCAGUUAGUGGUUCUCUGCUCACGGUGGUGAGCAGGGUCCCUGGCAGCAGCCUCUGGGUAGUGCUGCAGGGGAGGCACAGGGAAGGGACAUGGCACAUGGGCAGGAGGCCUCCAGGUCUUGUUUGAAGGGGGCCCCAGCCAUGUCUCCUGUCCCCAGCACUCUGCAGAAUGGGUCUGGAAUCUCAGUGGGGAUGUGAUGAGAUGCAGCUGAACCAGGACCCGGUAGGCUGUUGGGUUAAGAGGUGAAGGGCUGACUGGACACAGUAGUGUUCAGACCCCCGCAGGUGGCUAUGACUGCACUGGCCCAAGCUGCAUUAUUAAGUGGGGGACAGGGAGGUGGCCAACUUUUCAAUGAAUGAUGUUGACUCCAGGAAAGUCUCAUCUGAACGUGAUACUCUUCCGUCAAGGGGCGCAGCUCAUGGAGGGCAUGGCUGCCAACCUAGUGCUGGGGAAGGCCCAGGAACUUGUGGCAGCAAGGUGGGCACUGGGUGCCAGGCCAGGCCCUGAGGAGAGGCCAGAAGCAAACUUCAGGGUGGAAAGGGGGCUGCUGGUGGCUGUGGAAGGGGAUGCGUGAGGCCAGCGCAGGCCUGCCUUCCCAGCACCCUACCCAUGCCUGGACUCUGAGCCCCGCUUGCCCAGCACUGAGGAGGGAGCCGGCGAAGCAGAACCAUAAAUGCAUGAUGUAGAAUCGCUGCCGUCACACUGUCUGUUGCGCAUGAGAGGUGUUUGUUUAACUUUGGGAAAGGAAUUUAACAAGAAGCAAAAAGCUGUAUGUCUUGUUUGGCUGUUGACAGAACUUCCAUUUUCCCACCUGUCUUUGACCCCCCCUCCCUGCUCCUCCACUUCACAUCACUUUGUCCCCAGUGGUUGGUGUUUGGUGGCAGCUCUUGGUCCUGUGGCUGUUCACGUUCCUGAAAACACGGAGGGGUGGGCAUUGGCAGGAAAAGUACUUUUUUCUAGUUUUUGUAUUGGUAUCCACAAGCGUUUGUAUUUUUUGAAUUGCAAACACUGUGUUUUCUGGUCUUUGGGGGUUGGUUGAACUUUCUGUAUUACCUUUUGGAAAACUUGAGUUUUACCACAGUCUUAAGCAGAUUUGAAAUAAAUUCUUUUGACACUGCCAACAAGAAGACAGAUGUGGUCUACAGCCAGAGGCAGCUUCUGCCCUCCUACAGGACAGACCAGGUCAGGGGAUUCUGCUUUGUGGGCCCAGGCAUUCUUGUCGUCACAGGUCACAGUAUUCAUCUUUGCCAGAGGUAACAAGGCUGGAGCUAUGAGCAGUCCAGGGAAGAAGGCAGGCUCAGGCCGAGGGAGGCAGCCAGACCACCAGGGUCUUGGCUGGCUCUGCUCCAGAGUUCUAG